AUCGACAGAAUUCUUACAAACAAGGAAAAGGACACAUUGACCUCUUUAGACCGCAGUGUCUACAAUACGAAGUAAGUUGGAUUAAAACAUAUUGAUGCCCCAGUUGUGUUGUGAUUUUCCUUAGGUGACCUACAAACUAUUGAUUCUCUUUGCUAUUAACACAUCCAUGGAAAUGCUGAAAAAUGGUUUCAUUUGUUAGAGUUUAUUCUUAUUCCUUUUUAUAGGUGUUAUGCAGAAAGAAAAAAAAAAGUUCAGUUGUGAUAGAAUUCUGGAUGCCCUCAUAAUCUCAUUUUGCAUUCUUAGGAAGAAGAAAAUCAUUGCUUUUGCUAGGACUGUCUGGCCUGAUGAUCAACCUACCCCUUGGUUUAGAAACAGUGCAGAAAAUUCAAAGAAGCUCCAAGAGAUAACGAAGCAGUUGGCUGAAGAUGAAUCUUACACAUUCCCCAGAGCAGGCUUAGAAAUAAAAGCCAUUGAUGAAAUUAUUAGAAAGUACAUGCAAGAGAGAAGGCGGAAAGAAAAUGACCCAUUAAGUUCACAGAGCGAUCAGGACUCAAGCGAAAGUAGCAGUAAAGGUAGCCCUUCCAUACUAUCAGCACGGCAAGAUAAAGUACAAAGCUAUGAAGCCUGUUUUAUUGAUGGUAAGUCAUUGCUGUUCUCUUUUUUCUGUUGUCAGGGGAUUAGUUUUCUUUUGCUAGUAUCCAGUUCAUUGACAGUCCAUGUAAUUUUCCCAUGCACCAUUACAAAACUAGUGCUUGACAAAAUGACCAGAUGACUGUUGCACAACAUUAAAGCGAGGGAAUUAUGAAACCUUUCUUACAAGGAUGAAUUUCUCCCAGUUUUCCAGUUACAUAUAUGUACAGUAUGCACUUCAUUGGUAUAAAUUUUAAUAUGGUCCAUAUGUUGUGUCCUUGGACAAAUGACUUUUCCUAUGUUGGCAAUUGUACAAUAUCAUAGAUAAAAUGUCAAAUUUCAACUUAAUAGCCUUUUUUAUUAAGGCGAUUGGUUCACUGUAUUAAAGGCAUCUGACACACAGUGAUCCAUGAUAUUUUAUUGUCUAAACUUUACCAUUAUGGUGUAUGUGGAACUCCUCUUAAAUGGUUUGAAAACUACUAACAAAUUUAGCUAUGAAAUUACUAUUUCUGGAAUAACAAUAAUACAAGAAUCAUCCUUAAGUUUGGUUCUACUGUUUGUGCUUAUAACACCUUGGGCUUGAGUAUGUCAUGAAUGAGGAAUUAAAGUUACCAACAGACUAUCUAUAAAACUUGUCAACACAAACUCUAGGGUAAUGUCAAUUUUUAAUAUCAUAAAGCACUAAUGACAGAUAAAAAGCAAUUGAAUUUGGCUGUAGUCUUUUUUCAGGUCUGAGCUUGAUGUCAGCAACUGCCAUCCUUCUUGUCUGGUUUGGGAAAACAGCCAGCAAUGAGAUCCGACUUAAUGAUUUGAAAAAGGAAGCCAAGAACAUCGGCAUGACUUUCUUACGAAACAAAGACAAAAACACUUACCUACGAGCAGUAGCCUCAUUUCUUGUGCAAAACAAAAAGGUUUCAAUUGCUGCUGGCGUAGCAUUUGAUAAGGUUUCUCAAGAUGAUGUCUCCAUCAGUCAGGAUGUCUCAUGAUCAGUUACUCAAAAGCCUUACUUAUGACAAGUUCUUAGCUGCUCUGUGUUUUUUUUGCAAGCUGUUGUGUUGUCAAUGAAAACUUCUUGAAUAAGUUUUUUUCCAGUUUAAAGAUGGACGUUUAAGUUAAAGGAAUGCUGCACGGCAGUGUGAUAGGCGUGCAUAGGUAGCAUCAUGCUUGUUUGGCUUGGGGCAACUGAAAGCAAUGAGAUUCAGCUGAGAAAAGAAGCCAAGAAAAUGGGCUUAACUUUGUCAAGAAACAGAGACCAAAACACUUACAUAGGAGUAGUUGCCUCAUUUCUUCUACAAAAUAAGGUUUCAAUAUGCAGAUGUAGCACUUGA